UGGAUGGGGAGUUCCUCAGCUGAGUCCAAGGACCACCAGAGAACUCUCUGGAGGAUGCCUGCCCAGGGAUUCUGUACUGGAGAGAUUCCUCAAGAACAGGAAAUAUCCUGGACAAGCUCUCAAACUAAGGGACAGCAGUACCCACAAAAACAAUCAGAGACUCUCAGAGUAAGAAAAAGGAAAAAAAGGUUUAUUUUGCUUUUACAAGAAAGGGCAUCUCCCAUCUGACAAAGUGUCAGUAAGGAGUGCAAAGCAUAACUUUGAAACACAAAAUUAAAUAACCUAUAUGCAGAAGACCCCCCCAAACCCUCAGACUGGCUUUUUCUCCCAUUGUUUGGGGGAGUCCAGGCUUACAUUCCAAUCAUGGAAAUCUAACCCCAAAACAAAAGAAUACAAGUCAAUAAUAAUACUUUUAAUUUGUUUACCUAGAGAACUGAGAUUCAAGCAAUAGAGAAUUCAAAGCCAUCAUCAUCUUUAAAGGUAUUUAAAUGCUAAUUAAGAAGUGAUGGAAAAUAGGAGGACAAACACCUGCAACUUUUUAGCUCCAGUUCUAUUUGUUAUUAUAAAGUCUCAAGUCACAAUUAAAAUACAGUUUUUAAGUUUAUAUUCCCUUGACAGCAUCUUCACUCAGUUAAUUCCACACAAAGUGAUUUCCUUGCUGAAGGUCAUUGCUUUCUAUUUACCUGUAAUAUUUUUGUUAUUACUUUUUGCAACUAUUUAUCUGUUCGCUUUGAUUCCAGAGGGUGGAACCAGAAGCACUGGGUUAAAUGAAAGUUCUUCCCUUUCUUUAAAAAACAAAAACAAAAACAAAAUUUGUGAACCAAUAAAAGCCAAUUCAAUUUACUUUAAUAAUUGAGGAGUAGAAGUACAUAAUGUACGAAUCAGAAAGGAUAUAAGUGAUAACUCCUCUUCUAAAUCAGAAGGUGAAGAAAGUCACCUACAAGCAGCAAAACCUCUAGAAAAGCAGUGUGUGAAACAUUGGAAAGGUGGAGCAGGGAAGAGGAUCAGCUAUGGCCACAAUAGGAACCCACCCAAGUUCUUCCUCCAUACGUUCAAAAUUAACUUUAAAAAAAUAAUUUUUUACCCAAAGACCCUAACUUCUGGGAUAAGAAUUCAUUAUUUGAUAAAAACUGCUGGGAUAAUUGGAAAUUCGUAUGGCAGAAAUUAGGCAUGGACCCACACUUAACACCAUAUACCAAGAUAAGAUCAAAAUAGGUCCAUGACCUAGGCAUAAAGAACGAGAUUAUAAAUAAAUUAGAGGAACAUAGGAUAGUUUAUCUCUCAGACUUGUGGAGGAGAAAGAAAUUUGUGACCAAAGAUGAACUAGAGAUCAUUACUGAUCACAAAAUUGGAAAUUUUGAUUACAUCAAAUUAAAAAGCCUUUGUACAAACAAAACUAAUGCAAACAAGAUUAGAAGGGAAGCAACAAACUGGGAAAACAUCUUCACAGUUAAAGGUUCUGAUAAAGGCCUUAUUUCCAAAAUAUAUAGAGAACUGACUCAAAUUUAUAAGAAAUCAAGCCAUUCUCCAAUUGAUAAAUGGUCAAAGGAUAUGAACAGACAAUUUUCAGAGGAUGAAAUUGAAACUAUUACCACUCAUAUGAAAGAGUGUUCCAAAUCAUUAUUGAUCAGAGAAAUGCAAAUGAAGACAACUCUGAGAUACCACUACACACCUGUCAGAUUGGCUAAGAUGACAGGAAAAAAUAAUGAUGAAUGUUGGAGGGGAUGCGGGAAAACUGGUUCACUGAUGGUGAACCACUGGUUGGUGGAGUUGUGAACGAAUCCAACCAUUCUGGAGAGCAAUCUGGAAUUAUGUCCAAAAUGUUAUCAAAUUGUGCAUACCCUUUGAUCCAGCAGUGUUUCUAUUGGGCUUAUACCCCAAAGAAAUACUAAAGAAGGGAAAGGGACCUGUAUGUGCCAAAAUGUUUGUGGCAGCCCUGUUUGUAGUGGCUAGAAACUGGAAAAUGAAUGGAUGCCCAUCAGGGAGAAUAGUUGGGUAAAUUGUGGUAUAUGAAUGUUAUGGAAUAUUAUUGUUCUGUAAGAAAUGACCAACAGGAUGAAUACAGAGAGGACUGGCGAGACUUACAUGAACUGAUGCUAAGUGAAAUGAGCAGAACCAGGAGAUCAUUAUACACUUCGACAACGAUAUUAUAUGAGGACAUAUUUUGAUGGAAGUGGAUUUCUUUGACAAAGAGACCUAACGGAGUUUCAAUUGAUAAAUGACGGACAGAAGCAGCUACACCCAAAGAAAGAACACUGGGAAACGAAUGUGAACUAUCUGCAUUUUUGUUUUUCUUCCCGGGUUAUUUAUACCUUCUGAAUCCAAUUCUCCCUGUGCAACAAGAGAACUGUUCGGUUCUGCAAACAUAUAUUGUAUCUAGGAUAUUUAACAUAUAUAGGACUGCUUGCCAUCUAGGGGAGGGGGUAGAGGGAGGGAGGGGAAAAAUCGGAACAGAAACGAGUGCAAGGGAUAAUGUUGUAAAAAAAUUACCCUGGCAUGGGUUCUGUCAAUAUAAAGUAAUUAUUAAAUAAAAUUUUUUUUUUUAAAAAAGGGAAAAAUAAUACUAAUUUUUUUUUAAUUAACUUUAAUUUUAUUUUCAUGUGUACCUUUUGUCACCUCCAUAGAACAAAAAGUCCUUGAGGUCAGGCAGUUCCUUUUAAACAUGUGAAGUCCAAACAUCUACUUAAAAGUACCAAAAAGAAAGUCAAUAUAUUGGCUGAUUGCUUAUACCAAGCGGUGUGGUGUUGGACAACUACUGAAAUCUUUCCAGGCCGUCUAUAAAAUAAGAAAUCUGGGUUCCAUGGCCCUAUGGGUUCCUUUCUAGUCUAUCAUUCCUUACCUGAAGUCCCAGAAUUUUUUAAAAAAAGUUUUGAUAACUGACUUUUUAAAAUAGCUUUUUAUUUACAAAACAUAUGCAUGAGUAAUUUUUUCAACAUUGACCCUUGCAAAACCUUGUUCCAAAUUUUCCCCUCCUUCCCCCCACCUCCUCCCCUAGAUGGCAGGUAAAGUAAGGGUUUAGUGUGAGGAAGACUCAACUUCCCUGAGUUCAUGUCUGCCCUCAGACUUUCCAUCUAUAUGACUCUGGCCAAGUUACUUAAUCCUGUUUACUUCAGUAUGAGGCUGUGAGCUGGAAAAAGAUAUGGCAAGCCAAUUCAGUACCUUUGUCAAGAAAACCCAAAUGAGGUCAUGAAUACAUGUUAAAUGUUAAAAAUAUAUGUUAAAUCUAAUAUGAUAACUGACUUUCAACAUAUAAUUAAACAAACAUUUAUCAAGCACUUACUAUGUACCAAGCACUGGAGAAACAAAAGGAAGCCAAAGGUAGUCCUUACCCUCCAUUACAAACUAAUGGGGGAGCCAGCAUGCAAACAAAUAUAAAGCAACCUAUAUAAUUCAAGAAACAUUAUUCAAUCACCUGUUUUUUAAGCACUGGGGAUAAAAAAAGGGGGAGGCAAAAGACAGCUGUCCUCAAGAAAUUUACAUCAAAUGGAGAUGACACCAAGAAAACAUACAUGUUAAACUCUCUAAAGGAUAGGAAAUUAUGAAGAGGAAAUACACUCCCUGGUUAUCUCAUGAAUAUUUUAUGUAUUAAAAACGGGUCCAAGGCUUCCCUAGGUGAUCCAUGACGCAAAAAAAAAAAAAAAAAAAAAAAGUGAAGAAUGCAGAUUUUUCCAUUUCUACAUUGAAGGCAUGGUUUUCCUCACGUGUCCAGCAGCCCAGAGAUUCGACCAUCCUCGCAAAUCCCUCUGUCAUAACGUCUGGAUGAGUAGAGCGAGGCAGGCGCAUGCGUAGCAUCCUGCGCAGAGGUCGGAAAGUGGGGAAAAGAUUAGUCUUGACACAUGCGCAGGAGGAGUGAAAGGGGCCAGUCUGGUACAUGCGCAUGCAGAGGGGUGGUAGAGUGAAGUGGAAGGAGAAGGGGUCUGGUCUUUUUUCGAAGUCAGUUCUUGGAGAGUCAGGCCAAGGAAGCCGCUUCCGUUGUCUUUAAAUUUUUCCCGGAAGUAGUGUGUCACGGGACAGGGUUCCAUCGGGGCUUCCUGAGAGAGCGGGAGGGAUCAGCAAUCAUGUGACCGCGGGUUCUAGAGGAAGCGGCAGUAGCAGUCGGAGCUACCUGCGCCCGAGGACUGCUGCGGUCUCGGUAGCCUGAGCUAGGUGUGGGGACCGUCCCCGCGGGAGGAAGGGGUUCAUCAUGGCGGAUGAUUUGAAGAGAUUCCUCUACAAAAAGUUACCAAGUGUUGAAGGUCUGCAUGCCAUUGUAGUCUCAGACAGGGAUGGAGUACCUGUUAUCAAAGUGGCAAAUGAUAAUGCUCCAGAGCAUGCUUUGAGACCUGGUUUCCUAUCUACAUUUGCACUUGCAACAGAUCAGGGCAGCAAACUUGGACUUUCAAAAAACAAAAGUAUCAUUUGCUACUACAACACAUACCAAGUAGUCCAAUUCAAUCGGUUACCAUUGGUGGUGAGUUUCAUAGCAAGCAGCAGUGCUAAUACUGGACUGAUUGUCAGCCUAGAAAAGGAACUUGCCCCAUUAUUUGAAGAGUUGAGACAGGUCGUGGAAGGUUCUUAAUCUGACUGUGGCUGACCCUGGCCAUGUUGUUGUGAUCCCAGUGAGUUCAGUCCAGCAACCUUGACUUCAUCAAGUAAUGUGACUCCACACACUCAGAAAAGACAACUUCCCCCAAGUUAGACUGAAGAAGAAGAUCAUAUUUAUUAUUUCUAAAUUGAUGGACUGUUGUGUUGGGUUUUAGGCUCAAUUCUUCCAUAGUAUGAUUUCUGGGGAGACCACUAAAAUGGUUCAGUUUCUAUCACAGCUCCCAUGGAGUUUAGCUCAGCUACCAUUAAGGGAUGAGAUUCUUAUCCAGUGGAUCAGAAUCAAAAUGUUCCCGUGAUUCACAUGAGCCACCUAAAGCUCCCAUUGUGUAUAAUACAUACAGGCCUGCAGUAGGUAGGCCCUAUUCUGUAUAUGCUAUUGCUUUAUUGUGAAUAAUAGAGAACUUAUUUUUGUGUGCCAUGUUGUAUGUCUGCACUGAGAGGAAAAUAGCCUCUAACAGCAGUAAUAAACCGGUACAAUCACUAACUAUCCCUGUUUAUAUUAUUGUGAGGUAGAAAUUCAAGAAAGCAUUACUAAUUGGUAUUUCUCUUUAAAGUGUAUCUCUAAAAAGAAAUCUGUUGCUUUGGAUUUACUUUUAUAUUCAGUUAUCAAUAACCAAUCAGUAUUUUGAUGUUUUUCUCUUUGUGCAAUUUAAGUGUGAAAAUCAAUAUCAAAGCUUUGGUUUGUGACAUAUGAAUACCAUAAUACAACAGUUCAUUUUACUUUUCCUAAAUAAGGGUCUAAAUAAAGUAGUAUUUUGUAAAAGUAUAGCUUGACUACUUAGUCAUGUAGUAUUGGGGGGGAGGGGCGGGAAGGAGCUGAAUGAGGCCCACACAUAAGAAUAAGAAGAUCCUCCAAAGGAUAAGGAGUUUAUGAAAUAGUGGCAGAACCAUGAGUCCAAUCGGUCUAGCAAGAGGUGAUGAGGACUUGAACUAGGGUGGUUGUGGUGUGCCUAGAGAAAAGGGAGUUCCUGAUAGCUAGAUCCAUGGGAUCUGAUAAGAUUACAAGUGGCUCUGGAGUACAUCCAGCUAUAGAGGAUCAGACCAGAAUAAGGAGACUUGAGAGGGAUUGUUCAUAUGUAGGAAAAGAGCAGUGUCCAAAAAAAAAAACAAACCUGAGGUAGGCCAAGUAUCUAAAAGAUACUUAGACUAAGGGGCAUCUCAGAGGCUGAGAGAGGUGGUUCAUUACUCAUUCUACCUUCAGAGAUGGAGAGGAGGGUUGAUCCUUACUGGCCAGCACAUUAAUUCACAAGACUCCCCACAUAUGAGGCUACGAUGCAAAAAAGUCAGUGAAGAAUAAGGAACCAAACAAUACAUUCUUAAGUUUGGGAAGGCUUCACAUAAACUUAGUUGAAGAAAGGGAAGGUUAUCAAAAUAGAAACUAGGGGUGGAAAGAAGGGAAGUUCAUUCUAAAUGUGAGGGGAGAGUAUGAGAGGCAUGGAGACAGGAAAAGAACAAAAAUGGGAGACAGAAGAGUGCGCCUCUUGUUCUCACUUUAAAGAGCUGGGGUCACUAUGCUACCAUGAGAUGUUGGAACUGGACUUUAUAAACUACUUAAGAGUUAACAGUGUUCAUUUAGGGGAGUUGGUUUGCACUAUCUGAAUUACUAUAACAGUCUGCGGUGAUACACCUGUUUUUUGGAUACUUUAAGAAAAGUAUAUAGAAUGUUUUAUCUUUGCUAUCUUUGAUUCUAUAUAAUGGGAAAAUAUUCUCUUUCAUGUUUUUAAAUAAGAUGCAUGUAAUAGUAUACCUAUAUAUGUGUGUAUAUAUACAUAUAUAUGCAUAAUUUAUAUAUACAUAUAGUCAAAGUAAUUUAAGCUUUAGUAAGUUUAAAUUGCUCUUAAGAUUUUUGAGGUGUCCUGUAAAUAGACCUUAGAUAUUUACAAAUAACAAGUACUACAUUUAAUGAAUGCCACUUAUUUUGUAGGGGCUUUGAUGGUAUAUUGUAACUCUUAGAGUUAAAAUCAGGAAGACCUAGGUUCAAAUCCUGCCUCUGACACUUAAGUUUAUCUUCCUGGGCAAAUCAUUUAACUUCUGUAAGACUCAGUUUCCAAUAAAAUGAGGGUAGUAUUUAAUAUAAAUGCCAAUAGUGUUUCCCAGGUUGUGACAAUCAAAUUGGACAAUGUAUAUGAAGUGCUUUGCAAACUUUCAAGCGCAAAAUAAAUACCAGUUAUUGUUAUUUUAUGGCA